GUGAAUGGGGAUGAGUAACUCAAUGGAGAUCGAUGAGCGCGACCAGCCCCGCCCCUCCCUCGUCCGCGCGUCGACGAGAGCGGCCUGGCCCCAGCUCGGCCCGGCUCCGCACCGCGACGGUGAGGGGCGGCUCCGGCGCGGGACAAGAGGGCCAUCCUGGAGAAGCGGUUCUCCCGCUAGAUCCGGGGGCCUCGGACGUGGGGGAGCCAAGGAGGAGGCCCGACCCGGCGGCCUCUGUAGCGGAAAGGUUCCGCGCAAAGCGGCGGCGUCGGGGUUCGCCGGUUCCGAUUGAGGCGGCAACAUCUGAGUCUGAGGAGAGCUCCACCGCGCGCUCCAGCCGGCGUCUUGCCCAACUCAGGAUGGAACCUAAGCAGUCCAAUGUUGGUGAUGGAUCACAGGACCCUUCUCCUGGUGGCAACAAUUUUCCCUACACCUGGAUCCCAUACAUGUAUGGCUACCAAGGUCCUCCAUCUUGGUUCCCUCAAGGAUUGCCGCAGCUUCCACCCAAUGCGUCAAUGAUGCAUCCAAGUAGCAGUGGUCCACAAGUGUUUCAUCCGGCUGAAAAUGCAAAUGCAUCUGCGCAAAACGAUGAGGAAGAUGCGGAGGAACGGCCCGUCUCAGAAGCACCUACAGGGAAAGAAAAGAGGGCAAAGGUGGUCAGUAGGAUCAAGUUAAGCAAUUUCAGCCCAGACGAAGAUGUAAACAUUGUGAAGUCAUGGCUUGAAAUAAGCUGUGAUCCAAUUACAAGUACAGGACAAAAAAAAGAUAGCAUGUGGUUAAGGAUUCUGGAACGGUACAACUUGAGGAGGGGAUCAUACCCAGAAAGGAGUGUGAGGUCUCUACAGAGCCGUUGGGACAUUAUCAAGGCUCAAGUGGUGAAGUUCUCAUCAUUCUAUGCUGAUGUCAAUCGAGAGAAUCCUAGCGGGAUGUCGGAUGCCGAUAAGACCACUCAUGCAGCAUCUAUUUUUGCUGGUGUACUCAAACACAACUUUGGGUACCUGCAUUGUUGGGAGAUCAUGAAGGAUGAGCCCAAAUGGCAGGAUCGAAAGGCCAGAGCAUUUGCGAAGUCAGCUGGAUGUGAUGGUUCUGGAGAGGACACCAUCAACCUUGUAAAUGACAAUUAUAGCCCUACUGGAUCAGCUGAAAACGCAAAUGCAUCUGCGCAAAACUAUGAGGAAGAUGCGGAGGAACGGCCCGUCUCAGCAGCACCUACAGGAAAAGAAAAGAGGACAAAGGUGGUCAGUAGGACCAAGUUAAGCAAUUUCAUCCCAGAAGAAGAUGUAAACAUUGUGAAGUCAUGGCUUGAAAUAAGGUGUGACCCAAUUAUAAGUACAGGACAAAAAAAAGAUCGCAUGUGGUUAAGAAUUCUGGAACGGUACAACUUUAGGAGGGGAUCAUGCCCAGAAAGGAGUGUGAGGUCUCUACAGUGCCGUUGGGACACUAUCAAGGCUCAAGUGGGGGAGUUCUCAUCAUUCUAUGUUGAUGUCAAUCGAGAGAAUCCUACCGGGAUGUCAGAUGCUGAUAAGACCACCCAUGCAGCAUCUAAUUUUGCUGGUGUACUCAAACGCAACUUUGGGUACCUGCAUUGUUGGGAGAUCAUGAAGGAUGAGCCCGAAUGGCAAGAUCGAAAGGCCAGAGCAUUUGCAAAGUCAGCUGGAGGUGAUGGUUUUGGAGAGGACACCAUCAACCUUGUAAAUGACAAUUCUAGCCCUAUUGGAUCAGCUGAAAACGCAAAUGCAUCUGCGCAAAACGAUGAGGAAGAUGCGGAGGAACGGCCCGUCUCAGCAGCAUCUACAGGAAAAGAAAAGAGGACAAAGGUGGUCAGCAGGACCAAGUUAAGCAAUUUCAUCCCAGAAGAAGAUGUAAACAUUGUGAAGUCAUGGCUUGAAAUAAGCUGUGACCCAAUUACAAGUACAGGACAAAAAAAAGAUGGCAUGUGGUUAAGAAUUCUGGAACGGUACAACUUGAGGAGGGGAUCAUGCCCAGAAAGGAUUGUGAGGUCUCUCCAGAGCCGUUGGGACACUAUCAAGGCUCAAGUGGGGAAGUUCUCAUCAUUCUAUGCUGAUGUUAAUCGAGAGAAUCCUAGCGGGAUGUCGGAUGCCGAUAAGACUACCCAUGCAGCAUCUAUUUUUGCUGGUGUACUCAAACACAACUUUGGGUACCUGCAUUGCUGGGAGAUCAUGAAGGAUGAGCCCAAAUGGCAGGAUCGAAAGGCCAGAGCAUUUGCAAAAUCAGCUGGAGGUGAUGGUUUUGGAGAGGACACCAUCAACCUUGUAAAUGACAAUUCUAGCCCUACUGGAUCAGCUGAGAAGAGGCCUAUGGGCAGGGAUUCAUCUAAAGCUGCCAAGAAGAAAGCAAAUUCUUCUGCGGGUUCAGCAUCAUCUUCGGAGUAUGCUUCGAGGAUGCAAGAUCUAUCUUCGCAAAAGAUUUCUAUCCUGCAAGAAGAAUCUGUGCGUAAAAAUGAUCAUUUCCAGCAACUUGCCUGUAUAGAUGAGAAGCGCUUUGAGGCAAUGCGAAGCUACAAUCAAUCACUGUUACUCAUUGAGCAAGAGAAGAUUCAGCUCAUGCGUGAGAAGCAUGACAUGGACAAGGUAGAGAAGGAGAAGAAAGAGGAUGAAAGGAUCCUUGGGAUUGAUCUUGAUGCUUGCACAUCAGCUCAGCGAGUAUAUUACGAAACUCUUCAGGAAGAAAUUCUGGAAAAGAUUGCAGCUAGGCGCAGGAAGAGACGGGGGCCAUGAACCAUGCAUGGGACUUGAAACCUUAUUUAUUAUAUCAACCAAUGUAACCUUAGUUGAGUGUGUAAUUGUGUUAGUUGUUGAGUGUGGACUUGGAACUAUUAUUUGUUGAUUGUAAAUUUAUUGGCCCCCAUCACAUUGUCGAGCGAGAUGGCGAUCUGUCCCUCACCGUAUUGUAGAGGAUUUAUUGAAUUUUCCCCCCACCGUGGCA